CAAUACAACGGUGAGUCGCUAACAUGUCAGACAAAAAACAGACUGUGGACCUCGGUCUACUGGAGGAGGACGACGAGUUUGAAGAAUUCCCAGCCGAGGAUUGGACGGGGCUGGAUGAAGAUGAGGAUGCUCAUGUUUGGGAAGACAACUGGGACGAUGACAAUGUAGAGGAUGAUUUCUCAAAUCAGCUGAGAGCGGAGCUGGAAAAACAUGGUUACAAGAUGGAGACGUCAUAGCGUC